CCCCGUCCCUUGCCACCUCAACUCGCCCCACCACCAGAGUAUAGUGUGUUUUUCUCGCGAAGGCGUUUUGCACAUUUUACUUUCUUGCAAGGAAGUGCAAGUGCAUUGUGCACUUGCUUCGUAGACUUUAGUUUAAUUUCUGGCAUCUUUCUAAGCUACAUCAUAUCAGGGAUCACAAUUAAAAUUUUGCAAUGCCGAAGAAAUUUGCUGGUGAGAAUAGCAAAGCUGUAGCAGCCAAAGCUCGUAAGGAAGAGAAGAAAAAGGAAGAAGUUACCAAAAAGCAGAAAGCUGCCGAAGACGAAUACUGGAGAGAUGACGAUAAAAUAGCUGGUCGCAAAAAUCAACGAAAGGAAGAUCAAGAGAGAAAGAAGAAUGAAGCCCUUCAGAAGAAAGCUGAGGCCAAGGCUCUCCUUGAACAAGAAAUGAAUUCCAUUAAACUUAGCACAGCUGGGAAACAACCCCUGAGCAAAGUAACAAGAUUACAAAUUCAGAUGGAAACUGAACGACGGGCUCAAGUCGCUCAGCCUACUAAACAAGAAAUAGAAACUCAUAUUACUCAGCCUCUUCCUGAAAACAUCAAUAGGCUGCAAGUGGAUGGAGAAGAAGCAAGAACAGUUGAGGAGGCCAUUUCUGUGCUUAGUAUAAAAGAGUCUGAAUUGGAUAAACAUCCUGAAAAGCGUAUGAAAGCAGCAUUUGCAGCAUUUGAAGAAGCAAACAUGCCCAGGAUCAAGGCUGAAAACCCAACCUUGCGACUGUCUCAGUUGAAACAAAUUUUACGAAAGGAAUGGAUGAAGUCACCUGAAAACCCAGUAAACCAGAGACUAGCAUAAUUGUCUGUCUGAAACCAUGUACAUUUUGUUGUAAUUUUAAGUUGCUUUUUGUGUGCUCAGUGGUUGUGAUAACUUCUGUUUAACAUUGGUGACACGCAUGAUGUGAUAUGGCUGAGGAGAAAAUGUAAAAACUUUACAAAACACAAUGAGUUUUGUGAUGUUCUCUUAUAUAUUUCAGCCUUUGUACAAUACCUCACAGUGGUACAAAAACUCAGUUUUAAAUUAAUUGGCCUUCGAGUUAAGGAAAAAAUUCAUCAGUUUGUGAUCUUUAAAAAAAGUCAUUUUUGAAAAUAAUAACUGCAAGUGCAUGCUAACAACUGUGAAGGAAAAUAAAAGCUGAUAAAUUCUUACAGCAAUCAAGAUAAA